AGGAGCGCAGCAGCCGAAGCCAGCGGGGACAGGUUCUCCGCACACCCGGCAUCUCAACAGGGACUCGAGGCUGCAGAAUUGCUCGGAGACUUGGCGGCGGCAGCGCGGGAGGACGCGGAGGACUCACUGCCUGCGCACUCGGCCUCUGGCGGCUCCCGGCAGGGAUCCCGAGCUGCGGCCACACUCACCACUCAGCUUUCGCCGCCGCGAUAGCCCAGGGGCGCCCCGGAGCUCACCGGAGCUGGGGUCCGAGCUGAGAGGGCGGCCGGAAACCCGGGUCGCUGAUUCGGGACCGCGGGUAGCGACAGCGAGACGCCCGGAAAGUCCGGGGUUCGCGGGCGCCGAGCCGUCCAGCUCCGCGCCGUGGGGUCCACCACCCCGCGGGGAGGGCAGCCGAGCGCGGCUGGCUACGGAGCGGCGGCGGCCCGGGGUCUCCGCGGUUCCGGCGACCCCGCAGGCACCUGGCUCGCGGUCAGUCACCCGUAGCGGGGAAGAGUAGGGCACGCCAUGGAAGCGCGGGGCGGCGCCGGGCGGCGCCAAGCGAAGUGAGGCGGCCGGGCCGGGGUCGGCGGCCCCGCGGGCCAUGUACGGCGACGUGUUCAACGCCACGGGCGGCCCCGAAGCGGCGGUAGGCGGCGCGCUGGCCCUGGCAACCACGGUCAAGGCGGAGGGCGCUUUGCCGCUGGAGCUAGCUACCGCGCGCGGGAUGCGGGACGGCGCGGCCGCCAAGCCAGACCUGCCUACCUACCUGCUGCUCUUCUUCUUGCUGCUGCUCUCCGUGGCGCUCGUCGUCCUCUUCAUCGGCUGCCAGCUGCGCCACUCGGCCUUCGCCGCGCUGCCCCACGACCGCUCGCUGCGGGACGCCCGCGCGCCCUGGAAGAUGCGGCCGGUGUAGCGGCGGAGCCACAGCCACGCCGGCAGGCGCCCGGUGCCAGUCUCCCCAUCAGCAGUCGGUGUGAGCCAGGCAGGGUGCACCUGACGCCCCUGGGAACACUGCGCCCUGACCCCAACACCCUUCCCGCCCUCGAGCAGCACCCUGGGCAUCAAGGGAGUAGGAGGCGUUAGGGGGCUGUAGAAGGUCCCGAUCCUUGUGGCCGCAGGGAACUAAGGUUCUGCUUCCCUGGAGGACUCUC